AGAAAAUCGUGAGAGAGAAACACGUGACCGGAAGUAAGAACCUCACUGUUUUGUUUAUGUUACUUGGGGUAGCUACUCGACUAGCAUUCCUCAAAAUGUCAAAAAUAGAGUUGCUGAGAUUGUUUCUCAACGAAAGAUUGACAGCUGCUGCUGAUGAGAUAUUUGGAACAAUUGAAAAGACAAUUAUAGAGUACCAGGAAGAAGUUUCCCGCACGAAAGAGGAGAACAGCCGUCUACGGGGGAUGCUAAGGUUACAAAAAACAGACCCCCAGCCGCUGACUGUCUCUGAUGAGGAUCUUCCCCCUGAACAGCAGCACUGUGAGCAGCAGUGGAGCCCUAGUCUGGAACCGGAUGGUCCGGAGGCCACACAGAUUAAAAAGGAGCAGGAGGAACUCCGGACCAGUCGGAGGGAAGUGCAACUCCAAUGGCUAGAGUCUGGUACCAAAGACUUCACAUUCAGUCCUUCCUGUUUGAAAAGUAACUAUGAUCCGAUUCAGAACCCAACUCAUUCAUCGCAUCUUCACCAAGUACAAAGUGAGGAAAGCAGAGAGAACCCAACUCAUUCAUCACAUCUUGACCAAAUACAAAGUGAGACAAACAGUGAGAACCCAAGUCAGUCCUCAUACCUUCACCAAAUAGAAAGCGAGGAAGACGGAGAGAACCCAGCAGCUCAGUCCUCAUAUCUUUACCAAAUACAAAGUCAGGAAAACCGAGAGAAGCCAUGGCAAUGCCGUGUUUGUGACAAAUGUUUCAGCAAUAUUCAUCAUCUGAAAGCGCACGUGAGGAGUCACACAGGGGAGAGACCAUAUAAGUGUCCUAUAUGUAGAAAAUGCUUUAUGACAACAAGCGCAUUGAAUAGGCAUCAGACAAUUCACACUGAUGGAAAACCGUUUAGGUGUAAUUAUUGUGGCAAAUCCUUCAAAUGGAUGAACUCCCUUGGAAGGCACAUACGGAUUACCCAUGAGAGGGAGAAUAUAUGACAGCACCUUGUGUGGGGAAAGGGCAACAGUUGUUAUGAAAAAGUUACAUCCUGAUGCUUUUUAUUAUAUUUCCAUAUAAUAUGCCAUAUGCUAUUGCCAUAUAAUUACACUAUAACAAAAUAGAACACUAUGUUAUGGUUAAUUAUAGGGGCGUCAGGGUAGCCUAGUGGUUAGAGCAUUGGACUAGUAACCGGAAUUUUGCAAGUUCAAAUCCCCGAGCUGACAAGGUACAAAUCUGUCAUUCUGCCCCUGAACAGGCAGUUAACCCACUGUUCCUAGGCCGUCAUUGAAAAUAAGAAUUUGUUCUUAACUGACUUGCCUAGUUAAAUAAAGGUAAAAUAAAUAGGAUAUCUAUGGCUAUUUUGUGUGUGUUGUCUUUUACAUGUUUGUAACCACUUUCCCAGGGACUGCAGAUGGAAAUAUGUCUUGAUCAAUGUGCGUUGUCUUUGUCAAAUAAAUCAAAUGAGGUCAAGAUUUAGAGGCGUAUCUUGCACCUGUCUGUGCAUAAAGAUUGUUUUUGUCAUGUUCAUAUGGUGUAAUGUCAUGUCACAUCUGUUUUGACCAUUUCCUCCAGUGAUCACAAGAUCCAAAACAUUUUCCAUAUGCCUACAUUACUGUCCUUUUUUUUUUAUACCUCAGUGAUCUUUCUAAUGUGCACACCUGAUGGCAAAAAAUAAAUAAUCAACACACCAAA